AUGGUCGCUCUCCGGAAACGUAUUCGAAGCAGUGGAAGAUAUGCAGAUCAGUUCAAGGAGGCGCUUCAACCAAAAUCCUCAAGGGCCAGCAUUUGGAGCGACCAAGGCUCAGAUACGGAAUCCGCUGGUGAGGACGAGUCUCAUCAGCCCGGCUUUUCGCCAGAGCCGGACGCAGGAGAUAUCUCAAUGACCGACGGAAACGGAGAUCAGCCAAACGUCCGUGGAGUAUCUCAAGACGUGCUAGCAUCAGCCACGGCAGAUGAACUGGCUCUGAUCGGCAUGGCAGAUAUAUGGAAGCGUCAAGAGUGUGUGAUCAAUCGUUGGCGAUGGAAAGGCAGCACUGAUGAAGCGUUUAGGCAUUCCGAACGGUCACUGGAACAUCAACAUGGGUGGAAUGACCACUUUAUGCAACAGCUUGCCGAGUUACGGGAGUUGAUAGCGAAAUCGUGCGCUGACGGGGCGGAACUCACUGCCCGGGUCUCUACGAUGGAGGAGAAGCUGCUAUGA